UAUCGAUAGACUCACGAAACCUAUCGGCUGAUUGCUGGGCGUUUCACAAUUUUUUUAUUUUGGAAAACAAAACAAACGGCUACAAAGGACCCCAUCAUGCUUGUUCUGGUACUCGGCGACCUGCACAUCCCGCACCGCUGCAGCAGCCUACCGGCCAAGUUCAAGAAGCUGCUGGUGCCGGGCCGCAUCCACCACAUCCUGGCCACCGGCAACAUCUGCACCAAGGAGUCCUACGAUUACCUCAAGUCGCUGGCCAAUGACGUGCACAUUGUGCGCGGAGACUUUGACGAGAAUCUGAGCUACCCGGAGCAGAAGGUGGUCACCGUGGGUCAAUUCCGCAUCGGUCUGUGCCACGGACACCAAGUGGUGCCGCGAGGCGACCCAGAGGCACUGGCUCUAAUCCAGCGGCAGCUGGACGUUGACAUCCUGAUCACGGGGCACACGUACAAGUUUGAGGCAUACGAGCAUGGCAAUAAGUUCUACAUCAAUCCAGGCUCGGCCACCGGAGCCUUCAAUCCGCUGGAUAGCAAUGUGGUUCCCUCUUUUGUCCUAAUGGACAUCCAGAGCACCACGGUGGUCACGUACGUGUACCAGUUGAUCGGCGACGAGGUGAAGGUGGAACGGAUCGAGUACAAGAAGAUCUAGGGUCGCCAGUAUUAGCCAACAGCCAUUCCUAACCCCGACCCUCUCAUUCUGAGCUUGGCUUUAUUAAAGAAAUUGUAAAUGUAUGUAGCAAUAAAUCGAGUUCUCAUGUUUUUUAUCUGAUAAAAAAUGCGCUGACGUCUUAUUUUAAAU